AAGCAUAGCAUGCCAGACAUUUCUUGAUUUGCCUCAAAAUUAAAUAAACAUUAGGAAUGCAUAACCUCAAAUUUCAAGUAUUGACAAAAUCCAAGGCUAGGAUAUUUGAUAUUCCAACAAAAUGCCGUUCCAUUUGCCUAAAUCGUUACCAGCAUAAGGAUUAUAAGCACGAUGAUGAAUCCUUUAAGAGAAAGGAUCUAAAUACACAAACGUCUCGCUCUCGUGUCCUUUUCGGUUCUAGUUGCAUGGCGGCAUUUAAAAACCGAAUGACUAACUGUACCGAUCCAGUUAAAAAAUAUGAAUACUUAGCGGAAUUGCGGGACUCGAAUCUCGAUUUGUAUUACCGUUAUAUGUGCGAUAAUACCACCGAGGUUUUGUCCAUUAUCAGUUCGGUCGACGGCAUCGUCGAUGACUUCUGUCGCAUGGCCACAAUGAUUUUAAACAAUGUUAAGACACAGCGCAACGAUCUGACCACCAAACAACUGGAUGUCCUCAAUACCAUGAGUUAUCUACGCAAACACUUGAAUGACAAUUCAAAAAAUGACUCACUUCCAGCUCCAGUUGGAUCCAGCUCCAAGGCGGAAAUAUUGAAUACCAGCUCGGCUGUGCAAGGGAGUGUGAAAGCAACAAAACCGAGUCGAUAUUUUAACAAAGCCUUAAUGCUAACACCACAGCACUUUUAUGUCCUGUAUAUGCACUUCGGAAAGCGUAAUAAAAAGGUCUAAUCAUAUCGCCUUUCUAUGCGAAUUUCAUGGCAUACACGACUUUGCUGCGGUGUUCUCAUUAGUAUCGAUUCUUCUGAUAUACUGAUACACUUUUUAACGGAAAUACUGACGUUCGAUAAUGCGAUAGCUGCAAAUGUGCUAAGAACUCAUUUAAUUACUCAAUGUUCGUCAUGCAAUUGUUGGGGGAGCGGGGCGAGAAGAAAGAGCUGACGAAUUAAGAACAAUUCUAUCCUAUAUUGUAUGUCAUUCUUUUAUAUAAUCAAACUGGAACAACAUUUUGAUGAAAUAAAAAAAACCCUUAUA